GGCGGCCGGAGCGUGUACCGAGAGAUGGGUGUACGCGCGAGUAGCUGAGAAAAAACGGUCGCUCGUCGGGGAACAGUUUAAAAUGUCCGUGGCGGAUGAAUGAACGGACCGGAUCGUACGGUGGUUCGCCGCGAUGAUACCGAUGCUGGCCAAAGUGAGGACGCGGCACGCGUUCGCGCCGCCAAGAACACGAUCGACAGCGAGCCCGAGUGUCACGGCAAUGACGAUCGGGAACGAGGAUCAGAGGCGGCAGUGACCAUGGCGCCCCUCCUCGCAUGUAAACAGUGCUUCACGCUCGACGCACGCCUCGAGAGCAGCAGCGUUCCUGGUGCCGCUACUGUCGUCGCUACCGCAGCCGAUGCCGUUUCCCUUGUUUGCACGUCGGUUCCGUACCCGAGACCGAUGAACAGCCGCCAGGAUCGCCGCCACGCUGAUACGAUCGUGCCGUGGCUAGACGGUAUGGACGGAACGGACGAGUCAUGAUUCUCGUCCUGCUGCGUUGCCGUUGUCCUCGUCCUCGUCGUCCUCGUCGUCGUCGUUGCCGUCGCCGCCGUCGUCGCCGCGCGAAACCGUUGUGCUGCACCGGAACCAGUGGUUUGUUCGUUUGUUACCCGCCGUCGUCGUCGUCGUCGCCGAAGCCUUGCCGGACUGUGUGUAUGCGUGUUCGUGAAGACAUUCUAUCGAGGCAACCGAGCGACGAACGUGAUUGAUGCGUCACGCAUACGACUCUGCUGCCUAACAAGUGGUAACGAGCGCGAGAAACGAUUUCACCCGUCGUUUUCUGUUUGCUUUGAUCGUUGCUCUGUUCCGUUCGGUGAGGGAUCGUUCCUUGAGUUCGAUGGGAUCACAUGUUACUUGGAUGAGGAUCCUGAGAACGGCGCUGUUCGAGCGAUUCCGUUCGGUCUUCUGAUACUCGAUACGACGAAUGACAGGCACGUCUCUGAUAUACGCGUGUAACGUUACCCUCGGUUGUUACUCUGUCUGUCAUUUUUCCCUUCGGGCGAAGCAGUGGCACACAGUAUGGUUCUCCGGAGUUAAUUUUACAACGGGGACAGGUGAAAUAUAAUUGUCUGUUGUGCCAGUCACGAGUGAUGUUUUCGUUUCCUCGGUCCAUACGUGGAACGUUUCGUGGAGGUUAUUCGAUGAUUACGUUUGUGUAAUGCCUGUGAACAAACAACCGUUCCACGGGACGAGAAUCGAACGACGAUUGUAGUUCGCGAUAAAUUGGAACGUUAUUGGUGAUGAGUUCAAAUGAAAUUAAAAAUCUACAGAGAGAAAUAAUUGUUUUUUUUUAAGUAGUGGAUGCAUUAUGCAUUUCACUCGAUCCAAUGCACCGUGCAGUUUCCGUAAUAGGGGUUGAUUAACGCUUUACAUAUUAAUGGACCUCUUAAUAACUGCACCGAAUCAGAAAAAGUUCAAUAAUUUUGUUUAAAAUAAUUAUACUAAAAGAAAAUUAAAGACGAUUCGUGCUUACAAUUGUAAUUACAUUCUUGGGAAAAUAACUAUUAAUUAUUCAUUUAAAAAGAAACUGUUAAAUGAUCGCUGGUAGGUAAGAGUGUUCGAAAGGAAAGCCGGGUGCAGUAUUUGCUUCAGAAUGGUUUCUUUUUUUAAUGUGCUCACCGUGUUUUGGAUUAUUUGAUUCUUAUUUCCUGUAUCUUGCAAUCUCUAGACAGAAGUAUCAAUGAAAGAGUUUGUUGUAUUUUCGAAAGUACUAACCUCCUUGGAAUCUACCCACGAGUGUACGUACAUUUCGGGGUACGCGCUGCUACGAGACACCGUCGAGUCGAAUGGUCAGGUGGCUCUGCGCAAAUCUUUCAAAGACGUCUCUCCCAAGUGUCCUUCGUCCUUUCAUUCGCGGAUUCAUAGUCUCUUUUCUCCUGAUAUUAAUCCCGUUUCCAUUGUUUCUUUUUCUUACCUUUCAUACAUCGAAUUAUAGCUAUUGAAUAAAAAUUAUAAUAAUUCUAUUUUCCGGUUACAUUACGCCUUCAAUAAAGUCGACAAACUCUUUUACGACGUUUCACGUUUUGCCCUGGCAUAAAUUUAUUAAAAUGGUUUUUAUUUUGUAAAUACCGCCCUGAAAGACAUGUUUGUGGGCUCUUCGAAUUACGAAAUGGGACGCGAAACGCAGUGAAUCGCGCGUUGACGUCCGAAACAGCAAGAUCCACGCGAGCACUCGCGCGGUGAAGAUCGGUCACGAGGCUCGUUGGUGUCGUCGUGACUUUGUACAGUUGUUCGGUGAAGAGUUCGCUAGUGAAUUAAGUCAAUUGCAAUGGUGUUGCACGAAGCGAAGACCUCCCGCGUUGCCGAAUUGAGAAGAAGCUCAGCAUCUUUGUGCCACCCUCUCUUGACACGUACACACAGAAGACUGAGGUGUAUUAUUCCGCACUCGAAACAACAUAUCGCUUAUCCACCAUAAGGCUACAUCUUAUUUGGAAAUGUGAUUUUAUAAGGAGAUAAUGAAUGGAAGAAGGUGAUGGCCCGUACCACGCGCUCACGACGAAAAAUGGCGAACACGACUGAUGCUCCCUCGCCUGCGAGCAGCCUUCUGUCGUCAACCACGACGACUCCGUUCAGCAGCCCGACAUCGACGUCCUACUCCACCGAGGGCUAUACCUUCAAUUACAGCGGCCUGCCUAGUCUAGGUGGCUACUCGUUGGAGGAUCUGAAUUACACGGAACUCUGGGCGGACGUCUGGAAUAGCACCGAGGCCAGUAACGUGACUGAGAGAUUAAAUACCACUGUACUGUCGUCGGGAGGUGGCUACUGCGACGAAUGGGAAGCAGCGCAGCACAAACUCUUCCAGGCGGCGAAUCUAUUCUUCGCGGCGGCGUUCCUGGUGCCGCGCUCCUUCAAGGCCUCGGUAUUGGCACUCCGCACGUUUCUGACCGCCGGCUUCAUGCUGGCCGCUCUGUGGGCCGGGAUCACCAUAUGCGCUCUCGACGCGAUGCUAUGGUGCUUGGCCCUCGGCCUUCUGAACGGCAUUCACUCCCUCAUACUAGCCUGUCGAUUUCUACCGCCUGCGCUCAGCCCGGAGCUAGCCGAGCUCUAUCUGAAACUCUUUAAGCCGUACAAGGUUAGCAAGAAGCACUUCCAGGAGCUGGCCAAGGAGGCGAGGAUACUCAAGCUGGACUCCGGUCAGACCUACGCCACGGAAGGCGUCACGCCGGCCGACGCACGACUGUCGAUACUGUUGCGCGGCAAGUUGAAGGUGACCUGCGACGGGACGCACCUGCACUACAUCAAAGCUUAUCAGUUCGUCGACUCGCCGGAAUGGGAGGCCAUGCAGGAGAACAUCGACGACGUCUUCCAAGUGACGAUUAGAGCCGAGGAAUCCAGCACGUACAUCUGUUGGACCAGGCUGAAGUUGCUCAGGGUACUCAGGCACAGGCCGCUACUUAAGGUCGUCCUCAACACCCUCAUCGGUAAGGACAUUACGUCCAAGUUGUACGCCCUUAACGAGCAGCUCGCUGGUGUCGCCGCGGCCAGUGAGACAACCACGUCGAAUCCUUACAGGGGUGUCGCGAGAAGUCUCAGCGUCGACGCUGUGAACACUGAAACCGCUGGCAGAGUACGCUCGACGACGUGGAAGGCACAAAGGAGGCACAGCAACCCGCGGAGCGACAGGAGUUCACCCUCUCGGUACUCGCACCAGUAUUGGGCGCCGGUGGUGGCGAAUCACUUCCCGCCGACUUCGCCGUUCACCCAGGGCCAGAACCUCGGGUACUCGUUACUGCCGCAGGGCGUUCAGUUUUCGCCACCGUCACGGGUGCCCCUUCUGUCGCAUCAGCCGUUGACACGGCAGCGUAGCGGCGGCACGAGCGGCGAUUAUACCCUGCUACCUCAGACACCGAAGCUCGAGAGGAAACGCUCGAAAAAGGGGACGAGGGAGGUUACAUUCGAGACGCCCGUAUGACGGUCGCUCGACGGGGAGGGCCCUGCCAGCGUGCCUCUGCUGUCUUUAUCGCCGCAGCGUUCAGCCUAGCCCCGUCGAGAUCUCGUCAAACUGUAUCAGCUUCCAUGGUUUGCCCUCUGAAAGCUCGUCGCCGCCGUCGCCGUCGCCGUCGGACCGGUUACUAAUCACACGGCCUAUCAGCCGACGGAUCAUCGUGCCAGCGCGGUGCCAGAUGACACCCGAGUGACACGGACGACAGGAACACACACACCAUACACGGGCAUAGUGACAGUGCUUCGCGUACUCGACUCGCUCGACGUUGCUGGGAAAAAAGAUCCUCCGUCGUUCGGGUUCCGUCGGGUCGCGUGGUCAGACUUUACCAGGGGUUGAAACGGUCACGUUCAUGACUGUUAAUUAAUGUUACAAGAAGGUUCCCAGUGAAACAGUUGCGGGGAAAUGGAACGACAUCGCGGCGAUCGUAGUUCUAGAUAUGGUUCUGGUUUAUGGAAUAAUAUAAUUUCGCAAAUUAUACAGGAGGAGCUCAAACUCUGUCCGCCGUACUAUAGUUUGACCGAAAUUUUGGUUACAGAAAGGAUAGAUAAGAUUGUUUUCACCUAUAGUAAUUAUCUCUUACCUCUUUCAGUAUUGUAUUCAGUAUAUAAUUGGUGCUCGUUCGAAAACUUUCUAACACAUUGGAGAAACACGCUGUCCAAGUUCCUUUCAGUUCGAAUAAAAUAAUACGGAGAAGAAAUUCGAAAAGCAAUCCAAACUCCCUCCGACCCGCGACCUUUACAACGACGCUCCGAUUCUCACAACUAUUUCGAAAAGCAGAGCCUACGACGCAACCGUGUUCAACCCCCGGUGACUCGAUACACAUACGUUCAUAUCCCGCAAGUGCUACGCCUUACACGUUGUUACCGAAUACUACCACACACAGCCACAUCGACACGUGCACGUACCAAAGUAACGCCGCGUGUUCGCGGUCGAUCGACAGUGAAAAAAUGAAGAACACAGAGAGAGAGAGAGAGAGAGGGAGAGUGAGAGAGAGUGAAAGUGAGAGAGAGAGUGUGGAAUGACGGCGAGUCCCCGAACCGAGUGGACGAGUGUCCCGCAAACGUGUUCCCGUUCCUUUCGCGAAGGAAGAGAGCGUCGGUGCAAGUUCGGUCGAUUCGAGGAACACGCAGUUCAGUUCGAGGGGGAGACGAGGAGGAGAGGCAGUUUCGUUCGUGGUUCAAGACCGGAGGAAAUAUCAACGGCGAAAGGCAUCUCGGGACUCGCGAAACGCGGGCUCGACUGUUGGAACGUCGAAUUAGGAGAACGGAUGACGAUGGAUAAAGCCUGUCGCCCAUUUAACAACGCACACCGUCAGACCAGCAAUGUUCAGUCCUCCGCCUGUCGAUGAUGUUUGCCCGUGCGUCGAAUGUAUCGACAUCGAUGCAUCAACCGUUACACCGGUUACCCGCCCGACAUCGCAUAUUCCGCGGAACGGAGUACGCUCGAAUAAAAUAUUAACGCUAGAAGUACCGAGUAUUUAAAAUGAUUGAUGCGCGCUCCUCGCGAAGAUCACAAAGGUGUGUUUUUCUAAGUUUUCGACGACGUUCGUUUCACGGUAGCGUUCGCAGGAGACGGAAGUUGAAGUCAGUCAUUCUGAGUAGCACGGUGGUUCUAAUGUUAAUGGACGGCAUUGUUAUUUGAUGAAAAUACGAAUAGAAUGCAGUCUAUAACGCAUAUCGACUAACGUUAUUAACCUGUUAAUGGGGGAUGAUGACUGAACUCAUCAAAAUUAUACACUUGUAUCUUUAUUUAUUUACUGAAAAAUAAAUUAAUUAAUAUUGAAUUCAGUUGUGCCGUAAUGUCCGUAGCUGUCUCAGCUGCGUCGUAUCUAUGUUAUAAUUUUCUUCGGAACGUCUUUACUCUCCUUUAACCCUUUAAUUGACAUGUUCGCUAUAUUCACGAUGGAUUGACAAAAAAUUGAACGUUCUUAACCAAUUUA